AUGGGACUCUUAAACUGUUUCAAGAUCUUUACGUCGAAAAGGGGAAGUUCGAGAGCGAAAGGAGUGAAGGACAGUCCUACUGGAGGACCUUCUUCCUCUGCUACCGCACCAGCCACCUUCCCUAAUGCCCAUCCCGUACCGAGACCUUGCAAGAUUUCGUCAAUUCCCCAGAUUCCGAGACUUACCUCCGAGUCUCUGUCAAAUGAUGCUGACAAGAAGACCAACCCCAAUGACCCUGACAGCCUUCCAUUGACGGCGAAGAAGGAUGCGGGAGCGAACGACGCGUCUUACGAGAGAGAGGAUUCACUUACGCCAACGGUCCCUGCCAAUAAAUCCCCCGAAGACUUGUGGCAAAAGAGCUUUGAGUCCCUGUCACCAGAGGAGCAAGAACAGCUCAAAGAGCUCAUGGUGACACCGGCUGAGUUCCGGUCAAAUGAGGAGCCAACAUCAUCUACCAUUACAGGUACAGAUGUUCGGACAAUAAUCGAGAUGACUCGGGAAAGGCAGAAGCAAUGGAAUGAUCGAACCUACAAAAUCAAGAUCCAUGGCCACACGAUCAUCCCUCGGGAGUACACUGGGCGGAUUAUUGAUUGUCUUACCACAGUUGGGGACAUCGGCGUUCAAUUCCUGCCCCAGCCCGCGAGCAUAGUCUGGCCCUUGGUUAAAGGUAUUUUGCAGGUGCCGACCAAUGCAGACGCGGAAACUGCAGCUGCAGCCAUGACGGCCGAUAUCCUCGUCCGGAAUAUCAGCUGCGGAAGCGCAUACGAGGAGAUUUAUCGAGGGAAGGUGGACCUUGAGCUAUGGGAAAUGCUUCAGUCCGCUCUUGUCAAUCUCUAUGUCGCAGCAUUGAAGCUUCUCAUAUUCGCUUCCAAGCGAUUCAAAGAGCAUACCGCCUCUCACCUGGUUGGUGCGUUCUUGAGACCGCAGACAGGGCAAGACCACGUUACAAAUCUGAAAAAUCGUUUUGCCGAGCUGCUUGAAAUCGUCCAACAUUGUCAGAAUGAGAUAACUGGCCAAAUGAGUGAAAAUAUCAAUGAUAUCCUCAAAGUACUGGAAAAGUUCCGUGGGUUUGAUUCAUUCGUCGUGAAAAGCUUCAAUGCCCUCUUUGAGCAGAUGGAUGAAUGGCGAGUGUCAGAUAUUCUCACCUGGAUUUCACCACACAAGCCAUUUGACCGUCAUAACCCCAAGAAGAAAGACCGAGCGGCCGAUACAUGCCAAUGGAUUCUUCAUGAUCCAAUCUUCGAAGACUGGGAGCGGAGCAUUUCACCAGAGGUUACCUGGUUGCAAGGGUCCAUUGGCACUGGGAAAAGCUUCUUGACGUCUAUGGUCAUUGAUCAUCUUUUGGAAACUAGAGAGCCUAAUGAGGGACUGGCUUUCUACUAUUGUGAACGUAGAGGACAGAGCUUUCAGUUAUCAGGUGAUGUGAUCAGGAGCCUUUUGCGCCAAUUGGCAUGUCCACCCGAAAAAGAGUCUCCCAGUAUCAAGAUUCGCAAAGAUGUUCAGAGCCUCUUUGCCAAGAUGAAAGAUCAGGAGACCGAACCAGAUAUUGAAACCUGCACACAGUACCUGCGUCAGUCAGUGGACCAGUAUAGCCGAAUCACAGUUGUCCUCGAUGCUCUUGAUGAAUGUGACAAGGAGUCAAGACAUGAGCUUUUCAAGAUCAUCAGUUUGUUGUUGACUCAAUCGGAGUAUUCAGUAAGAGUGUUUGUCUCUGCUCGUCCGGAGCCGGAUAUUAUGGCCUGCUUUGAAGGAUUCCCCGUUAUAUAUACCGACAAUCCGGGCGUUGAAAAGGAUAUCAGAAGCUUUAUUAGAAAUAGGAUUACCUAUCUUUGGGACAACAAGUGGACGAGUAUCUCAAAGGAAGUUCAAACAGAAACGAUCGAUACACUCACAGAAAAGAGCAACGGAAUGUUCCAGUGGGUGAAUUUGCAAAUUGAACAACUCAAGGACUGUAAUAUUGACAGUGCUGUUCGAGAACGCCUUGCAAUUAUGCCGAAGGAGCUAUCAGAUGCUUAUAAGGAAAUCUAUGACCGGAUAUCCAGAGUCCAUUCCCAGAAACAGCUCGUGGAUCGUGCUUUCAAGUGGGUGAUGUGUUCAUACUCGCCUGUGAGCCCAGAGUACAUUGUGACAGCUAUUCGAUUUCUCGGAGAUCACAAUGCGCCAGAAAAAGAGAUUAGCAUCAAAGCGCUACUAGGUCUUUGUCAAAAUUUGCUUGUAAUCGACGAGUCCACAGGCUAUCUGAGAUUUCCACAUGCUUCUGUAGUGGAAUUCAUCGAGAGGGAAUUGUGGGACACGCGAGAGGCGGACUGUUAUGCUGCCAAGGCUUGCCUGCAGUCUCUUAUGGUCGCGCAUGGUGAAGCGGAAGAUGAUACAACCUACACCACCGAAAGAACAGCCAGGGCACUUGUAGCCGCUGAUGAUCAGGUAUCAACUGAUGAGCAGGUGUCAACCGAUGAUUCCAGUACACACCUCACGAACCACUUCCACAUGUAUUGUCGGUAUCAUUGGAUGCACCAUGCUCAACGCUAUGAGACCAUGGUGUCAAAUCCGGAAGUCUUUGAUAAUGGGCUUAUCUCAUUGCUCAAAAGAUUUCUGAAUUCACCAACACAAAGCGGACCUUUCUAUCAAAGGUGGUACGACGCUGUGAUGGACGACGAAUUUAACUUUAAUCGGAGAUUGCACGAAUUGAAAUAUGUAGGCAGGUUUUUAGAGACCUACAUGAUGAUCUCAGAAGACCUCUCCCCACCGACUCUUCCAAUACUUGCUAUGUGCUCAUUUGGCCUCGAUGCAAUACUUCUUGAUUGGUGGAAAAGCGCUGGGGCACUGUAUAACACUCUGAAGAAUUCAAAAGAUGAAAGCCUUCUGAUCUUAGCUGCGAAGAAUAACCAUCUUCCGAUUUGCCAGAGGCUUGUGAAAAAUGGUGCACUUAUUGAUUAUGAGGGUGAUGGGGGCAAUGCUCUAUACUUGGCGGCGGAAAAUGGUCAUAGGGAUAUUGUGGAAUUCCUGGUACAAAACGAAGCCUCUGUUAAUCACGUUAAUCGCUACCACGGAACUGCUCUGACAGCUGCCGUGUCUUAUGGCCACCUUGAUAUAGCACGACUAUUAUUAGAGAAAGGGGCAGGGGCAGGGAUCAAUUUCCGUGGAGAAUCCGGUGAAACCCCGCUGGUGGCUGCAGCUUCUCUACGUAGUCCUGAAGCCAUUCAGUUCCUGCUUGACGAAGGGGCUGAUAGCAACCAGCUUGGGGAAUACCAUAGAACCCCUCUUACUGCUGCUGCCUUCUAUGGUAAUAUUGAAGCGGUCCAGCUACUACUGAACAAAGGGGCGGAUGUUAAUCAACUCGGGGGAGACAAGAUUGGAAGCCCUCUCGCAGCUGCAGCAUACGCCGGUCGGCUUGAACUAAUGCAACUUCUAAUUGCGAAUGGAGCGAUAAUCAAUUUACCCGGAGGGUCCAUUGGAUGCCCUCUUGCCGCUGCUGCGGCUGGUGGUGAGCUUGAGGCUGCCAGGUUUCUGCUGGACAAGGGAGCAACUGUCAACGAGCCGGCGGGAGAAGAUGGAAAUAGUUUUGCAACUGCAGCUAGUUCCGGCCAUCUUGAAGUGGUUCAGCUCCUAGUUGAGUAUGGAGCGGUUAUAAAUCAACUUGGAGGGUGCUAUGGAUCCCCUCUUGCCGCUGCAGCGGCUGGUGGUAAGCUUGAGGUUGCCCGAUUUCUGGUCUCCAAGGGUGCAAACGUCAAUUUGGUGCUUCCAGGAAGUCAUGGAAGCGCCCUUGCAGUUGCUGCAUAUUAUGAGCGGCUUGAGUUUGUUCGGUUCCUAAUUGAAAAUGGAGCGGAUACCAACAUGCCGCUCGGCCAGUGCGGAAGUGCCCUUGCUAUAGCCGCAACUUGUGGCCAUUUUGAAGUGGUCCGACUUCUGGUAGAUAAAGGAGCGAUGGUUGAUCUGCCUCUCGAGAAUGGGCUCGUGGGAAGUGAACUUGCUGGUGCUGCCUGUGCAGAAAAUGUCAAAAUUAUGGAGUACCUUAUCAGCAAAGGAGCAACAAUUGAUAGGGCUCUCUCAGGAUUCUUCGAAAGUGCCCUGGCCGCUGCAGCAUAUGGAGCAAAAAUUGACAGCGUCCGACUCCUGAUCGACAAGGGCGCAAGUGUCCAUCUUCAGCUGGAGACUGGAUCACUGGGAAGUGCGCUUGCAGCAGCAGCCGCAUCAGGAAGCGUUGAGAUUGUUAUGUUUCUCAUUGAACAGGGGGCUGGUGUCAACCAGGCCUUGGUAACUGGAAAGCAUAAAACCGCAUUGAAUGCAGCUUCAUAUUGGGGCCAGGUUGAAUGUGUGAAGGCUCUACUUGAUGCGGGAGCCAUUGUGGACUCUGCUUUAGAUGAUUUCAGUCCCGAGAACCCCGUCGAGACACCUCUGAAUGAGGUCGAAGAGUGUGAUUUGGAGGUAUUAGAGGAUUUUUUGUAUUCAUUUCCGUGGGGGGAAAGAGACGAGUCUGAAAUGGCGGAUGAUAAGCAGGAGGUAAUGAGCAUCCUGAAGAACCACGCCAAGACACAUUCUUAG